CGUCCCGGACCCCGCCGCGCAUCCCGGACACCGCCGCGCAUCCCGGACCCCCGGAUGAGCGGCUCCUCCGCUGCCGCUUCUCAGCAGAGCGCUGUGAGCCUGAGGUCCGGCUCGGAGCGCUGCUGCUCCGGCGGGAAUCGUCCUUCUCUCCUUGAGCAAUACUGGUGGAUGGGACAAAGAAGUGGACGUCAAGAAAACAGCAAGAAACCAGAAGUGGCACUAAACGAGACCAUGGAGGCAGAAAUUGAAGUACAAAAUAACAAAGAGGAAACCGAAGAGAUGAAGGCCAAAAACCAGAAGCUGGCAUCAGUCUUUGGUGUGGCAGACUUAAAAAAUGAAGCUAUUGGACUGUACAACCUUGGCCAGAGCUGCUGUCUGAACUCCCUGCUCCAGGUGUUCCUCAUGAACAUUCGCUUCACCAGGAUUCUCCGAAGGAUCACAGUGCCGCCGUCUCCCGCGCAGAGGAGGAGCGAUGUCCCGUACCAAAUGCUCCUGCUGUUGGAGAAGAUGCAGUGUGGCAAGUGCAAAGCCGUGGGUCCCACAGACCUGGCUCGCUGCCUUUCGGAGCACAGAGUGAAACUGUUUGUGCAGCACGACGCCGCUCAGCUCUUUCUCACCCUCUGGAACCUGUUAAAGAAGCAGAUGAAAAAACCAGAGCUGGUUGAAGAGCUGAGUGAUUUGUACACCAUCUGCAUCCAGGAGCAUCUGGCCUGUCAGAAAUGCUCUUUUGAAAUAAAGAACAGCAGCACCAUGUUAACCCUUCCACUCCCAGUGCUGGAUGCCAAUUCUCACAGGCUGAAGACUCUGGAGGACUGUCUGCAAUACUUCUUCCAUCCAGAGGAGCUGAGUGGACAAAACAUGUGUUUCUGUCACCAGUGUGGGAGGAAAACAACUUUCCUGCAGAGCAUGAAGCUCGUCCACCUGCCACAGACUCUGACCUUGCACCUGAAGCGCUUCUGCUUCGAACGAUCCUCCCGCACGCACAAGCUCAGUCACCCCCUGCCUUUCCCACAAGAGCUGGAUCUCAGGGAAGUCCUGACAGAAGAUCAGUGCCUAGCAGAUGACAGUGAAAAGGCUAGCUGGCAGUAUGAGCUUUUUGCUGUGGUUGCUCACUCAGGAUCAACCAGCUGUGGCCAUUACUGUGCCUACAUUCGCAGCCUCACAGAGCGUAAAUGGUAUUGCUUCAACGAUUCCGAGGUUUGCCAGGUAUCGUGGGAUGAUAUUAAAUGCACCUAUGGACAUUCCAACCUCUGCUGGAGUGAAACAGCCUAUCUCUUGUUUUACAUGAAAAAACACCCUCAGCAGCCUUGUCCAGGAGUAUCAGAAUGUCUCUGAAAGCUGUGCAUGGUCCAUGGAGCUCAGCACCUCUGUGCAGUGUGGGCAUAUACAGAUGUUUCACAAGAAGGAUAUUCAGCACUCAGAAACCUCGGUCUUCGCAUUUAUUUAUGACAGAAGUGCAGCAGACACUCAGCUGGAGAAAAGAUCUGGGAACUGUUGCAACUACCGACCAUUUCUAUCGUGUGUUUUUUUAUAUUUAUGUGACUCUACAUGUUCAUUUCCUCUUUAAAAGAUGGUGAAGUUAGUCCUUGUCUCUGCUGCCUGACCAUUUUCCUUAAUGCUGAUGCCUGGAUUCCAGCCCAGGGGGAGUGUUUGACCCAAAAGCCUGUGUGAUGUUCCAGGGGGGUGUGGGGUAUGACUGGAGAGCUGGGGGGGCCAUCCAGAGAUUCGCUUUGUCCUUCUAUCACCAUCUUAUGUGCUGGGCAGGAGACCCCAAAAAUCACCCCAGAAACACCUGGAGAAAGGAUCAGAACCCUUCAGACACACACAUCAGUGGCACAGGCUCCUUGAUACCUCCCUGAAAAUGAAUCACUGCAGGCGCUGAGGUGUGUCAAGAAUUGUUUUAAAUCGGGAGCAGUUCUGGUUUCCAAGAUGAGUUUGCAUAAAUUCCUGCAGGUGAUUAUUAUUUCAGCAGGCUCAUCAGGCUUUUAGAUGCAUUUUCUUCCCUGUAGAGGAAAAUGCUCAGAGCAGCAGAGGUUCUGAAGCUGGUUAGAGAUUUUGCACAACACAGGCUGUACGUGGUGAGAUGCCUUCAUGUGCUUGAACUUUUGGGAUUUUUGGUGCUGUGGCUUUUCAAGAACUCGUGGCUUUAACUCUUGAUGAUCCUCUUGGACUGAGAAUCCCAGCAGUUUGAGAUCUGGAAGUGCCUUCAGCCUAAUACACCCUAUGACUGUAUCUUUACAAAGGUGCUGUUUUUGUGGGACUGAGCGAUUACAAAAUUAUAUUAAAAUUAUAUAAAUUAUAUAAAACUAAUGUAGAUCUACUACCAUUGAUGUAUAACCUAACUGCAUUUCAGAAAUGAUGAUGGAGUUCACAAAUCAUGUCCGUUUUCUGAAGGUAAACUGAGAAAUCUUAGAGCAUAGCUGUGAAAUUACUGUGUUAGCAAGGUUAUUCUGUUCAGCUCUGCAUCUGUACUAUUUAUUCUGUGGUUUAAAAAAAAAAAAAAAAUCCCAGUGUAUUAUUUGUCAUCAGGGUGAGGAAUUUUCAGCCUGUUCACCUUCAGGAAUGCACUGCACUCUUUCUAAAGCAUCUGGCAAUGGGUGAGUAAGGAAACCAAGUUUCUGUUUGCUUUUCCAACACUUUGCCUCUGUGAAGGAGCUGAAAAAAGCUGCACUUUCAGGAACUGAGAAGUAAAUAGGAUAGGAGACUGACAUUUCUAAUUAGCUAUAACUUGAAAUUUAAAAAUGUAUCCUUAUGAAAAAUGCCUUAAAUGCAUCAUAACCUUCCAGGAAUGUAUUUAAGAAUCUUUUCAGUCAGUGAAAAAAAACCCAAAAAACCCAUUUAGUUUCAAUGAAUGGUAAUCAGUGUUCUUUUGAAUAAAAUAUUAUGGAAUACACUCCUUAGAAAA